ACUCGUUUCUUCUUUUUCAUUAUUUUGUUUCGAUCGACAUCCCCUCUGCCCCCCAUCAACAACCACACACACACACACACUCGUCUACGCAUAUCACUCAUAACCACACGCAUACAACUACUAAACCACCCGCUCUAUUUAUUACGCAUUCCAACGACUCAGACUCAAUAAGCACACACACCCAAAAAAAGAAAAACUCGACAUAAGAAUAACAUGGCAGAAGCUUUUCUUGGACUUGUUAUUGCAGUACAAUUGCAUUCUGGCUUAAAGCUCAGUGGCACUGUGGCACAUAUCGAACCUGCCUCUCAACAGAUGACUCUUAAAGAUGUGGAACUUGAGUUUCCCGGGCAACCUCCUCAUUUCACUUCGGUUUAUGGCGUUAAUGGAAACGAGAUUGUUGAUUUGCAAGUUAUUCAGAAAAAAACAGCCGACAAGAGAAAGACAGCAACAAGUACGACGACCACCGCAACAGCAAAAACAACCACCACCAUCGUGCCAAAGACGUCCAAGAGCUGCAAUGUACAAAGCACAGUCAGCAGUAGUCGAAAGAAGACAGUCGAAAAGAAAAGCAGUAAUGAUCGAGUGAAGAGUAUCCAGCAUAAAAAGAAUAAUAUGCCAGUCAAGUCCUUAUCUUCUUGCCGAAAACAGCAACAACAGCAACAGCAACAGCAGCAACGCAUACCAGGAAUAACGCCCAAAGAAAAUGGAUGGGCAAAUGAAGAUGUGAAUGGGUUCAGAGAAAAGGAGUUUGAUUUCCAAGCAAACUUGGACAUGUUUGAUAAGGCAAAGGUGUUUGCAGAGAUACGUGAGCUGGAUGACACCACGUCAGAUACGCUGUUGGUGACACUGAAUCGCCUUCCACAGAAGCAACAGCCUCCUCGGAAAAAUUUGUUGCCCACCGAGAAUGUGUUGGAUGACGAAAGCGAAGCCGAUGAAAGCAUCGGAGAUGAGAGUGAUACAGAAUCACGGACCACGUCGGACGAAAGCACACGAGGCCGUCGUCGGCAUAAAAAAAGAACCGUCGUUGUCGCGUCCACCACGCCUUCGCCUGUGCCAUCAAGCAGCAGGCUACGCACCUUGGAUAGUCAUAUCGACUGUGUCGUCGUGUCGCCGUUACAGAUGGCCCACGCUGAACAUGAAUGUGUGAAAAUGACAGGCCCUUCAGAAGAUCAGCUUAUAGAGAAUGGUGGUCGAUGUAUCAGCUUGAAGGCACUCCAGAUUCUCGAUAUUCGGCGGAGAAAGGACGACCAAGUAGUACCUGUGGUCAUCGUCUUGGCAGGUAACAAUAAGAUUGGUGCGAACGGUUUAUCUGCUGCGCGGCAUUUAAUCAACCGUGGGUAUCACGUUGCCGUUUGCAUGAAUGAGGAACGAACAGCAUUGUGUGACACGGUUGCACAGCAACAAACCAUGAUUGAGCAAGCUGGUGGCAAGCUUAUUAACGAUCCAAAAGUACUACAACACUGGACGGCUGAUCUAAUUAUCGAUGCCAUGACCGGUACUCAGCAAUUCAAAAGCGAUGGUGAUGACGAUGACGACGGGGAAGAGGCGGGUGGCAAUCAAGCGCUGCGUGAAAUGAUCCAUUGGGCAUCUGAACAAGCAACACCGGUUCUGAGCAUUGAUUUCCCUAGUGCAGUAGGAGACCCUCACACCGACGCCAUCCAUCCUCAGUGGACCGUAUGCUUGGGAGCACCCAAGUCUGGAUGUGUUUCGCAGGAUGUGACUGGAGAAUUGUACAUGGCGGAUAUCGGUAUUCCCAAGAUAUGUUGGAAACGAGCAGGUGUCAAGGGGUGGACCGCACCGUGGGGUGCCGAUUUCCUGGUCGCUUUAGAGUAUGUAAUAUAA